CACUUCUUCUCUCUAACUCUCUGUGGAGGUCAUGACUGGAGCAUCGUCCAGCUGGGAGUACCAGGACUGAUCUACGGCCUCGAUGUCGACACGUCCUUCUUCACUGGAAACCACUCGCCCUCCGUCUCCAUCCAGGCCGGCUGUCUGGACAAACCGCCCCCCUUCAGCCUGGAGGGAGACCGAACCGGCAUGGCCGCCUCCGACGGUCAGCUGGCUGCUGUCGCCAAGCUGGGCUCGGAGGCGUGGCCUGAGCUGGUGUGUUUGUCGGAGCUGGAGCCUGGAUACUCAGACUGCUGCCAUAACUACUUCAAGGUCAACUUCAAUCACAGAGUCACACACCUGCGGCUCAACAUGCACCCAGAUGGAGGGAUAGCCAGACUGCGGGUGUACGGCGUUGGGCAGAUAGACUGGUCGUCUGUCUCCCCCCACCAGGAUGUCGACCUGGUGGCUCUGACCAAUGGGGGAGUCUGCCUCGGUUACAGCGACGCCCACUUUGGACAUCCGCGCAACAUGAUUGGUCCCGGCCGAGCUGCCAACAUGGCCGACGGCUGGGAAACGGCCCGCAGACUGGACAGACCCAAAGACCUGAAGGUGGACCAGCGAGGGAUCCUGCAGGUCCCCGGUUGGGAGUGGGCGGUGUUUGUUCUCGGUCAUCCUGGACUCAUCAGCAGCGUCGAGGUGGACACCAACCACUUCAAAGGUAACUUCCCGGACACUUGCAGGAUUGAGGUUUGUUCUUUGACCCCUGAGGAGGAAGCUCAGUGCAUCAGCACCAGGUGGAAUUCUGGGAAAUGGCAGCUCCUUCUCCCCCCUCAGAAACUUCGUCCUCAUCACAGACAUCUCUACAGCGAGCUCGCUCUCAGCUCAGCCGUCAGUCACGUCCGUCUCACCAUCAGCCCGGACGGAGGGGUCAGCCGGCUCCGGCUCUUUGGUCGACCCACGGCCGCCAUCGCUGCUGCUCCGGCCAAUCAGGAGAGAGCGGCAUCCAAACUGUGACGCUCCGACCACAGAGAGUCAGAGUUUCUGAUCCGUGUUCAGCAGUAGAAAUAAAACAUAACGUGACCUUAAUGCUCCUUCAUACUUUUAAACACAAGCUAUGAAUGCAGAUGAUAG